CAGACACAAAAGCCAAGACUUUAUAUCUUAUUGAUAAGGUUGUUGAUUGACAAAUCUAGUUGAAGAUUUAGCUUCAUGGCGCGCGUUAUCUCAAAUGGCCGAGAUUUCAAAUCGCAAAGAUGUCAUCAGCUUUUACGAUGCGGCUGCACGCAAUGAUGAAAAUAAUUCCCAUAUCAAGAGGAGAGAAACUCGUAUAUUUUAUCUGAGGAACUUUAACAACUGGAUGAAAAGCGUUUUCAUCAGUAAGAGUCUUCAAAGCUUAGAUGUUCCCUCCAAUCGUGCUCGAAUAUUAGAUCUGUGCUGUGGUAAGGGUGGGGACCAGUUAAAGUGGUUACGCGGCGGUGUUCAACAUGUUACCUUUGUGGAUUUAUCCAAUGAAUCUAUUGAGGUUUGUCGUCAUCGGUAUGAACAACUGUGUAGAAAUAAACGGUCUGUUUUCACUGCAGACUUUUUCGUGGCGGACUGCUCAGAAGCUAUACUUCCACAAGUGCUUCCAUCUGGUGUCUUAUAUGAUCUAGUCAGUUGUCAGUUCGCACUUCACUAUGCUUUCGAGAGCAUAGCCCAGGCACGUAGAAUUUUGUCAAAUAUCAGCUCUCUGUUACAAGAAAACGGCUUUUUCAUUGCAACGAUCCCAAAUGCUUACGAACUUUGCGGAGAGCUACCGAAGCGUUAAACAAACAUGUACAAAAAACAAGUUUCGGAAUCUGAUAUUAAAGAAAUUAAGUUCGGAACCCCGUAUAUUCAGUCACAUUCCCAAAGCUUCAUUCUCAAUUAGUCGAAUAACAACCCAAACGAAAGAUGCGGUUGAACUGACAUUUCCUUUAUUUGGGGCAAAGUACAACUUUUCCUGGACGGAGUUGUGAAUUGCCCUGAAUUUGUAGUAUACCCACCGCUCUUGGAUAGAUUGGCAGCUGAUUACGGAUUGGUACCCGUUCAUGAACCUAUCUCUUUCGCUAAUAAUUUUUAUUCUACGUUACGCAGUCGUUCAAGCCCACAAGACCCAAAGGAUUUGCUCAAAAGAAUGGAGGCUUUAGAACCAUGGCAUAAAAGUAAUAACUAUCCUUGCUCAAAUGAUAACGAAUAUAUCCAUCUGAUAGAUCAUCAAAAUAGUUUGCGCAACAAUUCAUGCUCAUAUGGGACUCUUUCUAAAUCUGAUUGGGAAGUUACUUCUAUGUACUCUUUGGUGGCUUAUAAGAAAAAAACGAAUAAAGUCUGAGUCUAUGCAACCUCUCAUUUUCGACUGUUUUACUGUGGAUAUCUGUGUAUCUGUGAAACACUGCUGUCUGGAGCAAUGGUUGUACGUCC